AUGGCGACUCCUGCCUCCAUCCCCACGAACCCCUCGCGGGACUCGGUCCAGCGUAUCCAUCGCAUCACGAGGGAAAACCGCAGCUUGUGGUAUCAGUUGACGGUGCUCCAGCAGCCGGAGCGCGCUCGAGCAUGCGGCUCGGGCAUGAAAGCGAACAGCGAUCGCCGUCCGGUCGACCCUCCGCCCGUUGUUGAGCUGCGCAUCAUUGAAGGUCCCACGGUCGAGGAGGGCAAAGAAAUCACCUUCGACUACAAUGCCAACUUCUUCCUCUACGCCAGCCUCGAACAGGCUCGCACCAUGGCCCACGGCCGCGUCCAGACCCCCGCCGCCAGCAAUCCCCCGAUCCUCACCGGCGUCCCGGCCUCGGGCAUGGCGUAUCUGGACCGACCUUCCGAGGCUGGAUACUUCAUCUUCCCCGAUCUCUCCGUCCGCCACGAGGGUUACUUCCGCCUCUCUUUCAGCCUGUUCGAGACGACCAAGGAGGAGAAGGACUUUGACUUGAAGCCCGCUGACAGUGACAUGCCACCAGGUGUGGACUGGCGGAUGGAGAUCAAGACGCAGCCUUUCAACGUCUUCAGCGCCAAGAAGUUCCCUGGACUGAUGGAGAGCACACAGCUGAGCAAGACGGUCGCCGAUCAGGGCUGCAGAGUUCGCAUCCGACGUGACGUACGCAUGAGGAAGCGCGACAGCAAAUCCGGCGGAUACGACAGACGAGACGAGGAAUACUCACGCCGCAGAACAGUGACGCCCGCCCCCGACGACCCCCAUGGCAUCCGUGCCCGUUCACUCAGCAACUCAAGCGAACACCGCGUGCCGUAUGGCGCAGACGCAGUCAGGCGGCCGUCAAUGGCAGACCCCUAUUCGCUGCCUCCACCUCCGCCGGGGUACGAGCAACCGCAGCCUCCCAGCCGCGGCGGGCAUCUCUCGUUCGGAGACGCGUCCGCCUCGCAGUACGCGGCCCCGCGCCCUUACCCUCACCCGACGGCCAUGCCGGCGCCACCGAUGUCUCCCAGCGGGCCAUACCCCCCGUCAUCGCAAUCUCCAUAUAAUUAUCACCAUGGGCGGACCUCCAGCUCCGCGGCCAUGAGCUCGACGUGCCCCUCGCCGGCCAUGUCCAUCAAGCAGGAGCCGUACGAUAGGUCAUCAGGGAGCUACGUGCCGCCGUCACCCUCGGUGUACAAUACGGCGGAUAGACACGCGCGGAGAGAUUCGCACAUGUCAUACACUGCGGCGACGCCUAUACUACCUGCACCAGCACCGAGAGCGCCGACGCCCGCUUCGAGCCGGCCGCAUCCCGCACCGCUCAAGAUUGCGGCUUUGAUGUCUCCGCUGCCACCCAUCGAGGCGCAGACGGAACCGAUGGCGCUGCCUCCUGUACUCCCCACGGGCUCAAAACGAAAACACGACUACGUGUUCCAGCAGUCGGCCCAGCCGCUUCACCACGGGCAGCGCCAGGUGGACCCUCAUCUGGGCGGCCAUCGACGGAUCACGCACGACCAAGACGUGGAACAAGGGAUGUACUCGCGUGCGGACGGCAAGGUUGGCGUGGUCCAUUUUGGCGGGUGGCAAUCAUAG